CAAAAGGGGGCACCAUCGCGGCACUCUUCACCAAUCAGACGCAGGAGAAGCCAGGCAACGCCGCUUCAAGUCCGGCUCUCCACAUGCGGCUCCGCGCUCCCCCUCACUUCCCAGACUUCUCCCUCCCCUCCUCACCCUCUGUGCUUUACACCAUGUGUCCGGUAAAGGAGGAGGGGGAGAGCAACACUCACACAUAAGCACUUUUACACCCCCCCCCCUCCCCCAAUUCUGUGUGCGUGCGCGCGCAUGACCAGUGGUGCUGAAAGAACAGCGACCAUCUUCUCUGGGACUGAGCGCAACUUAGAGAGGCUUCGUCCCGAGCAAAGGCACUGGAAGGAUUGUUGGUGGGGGCGGAGAUUUGUUUCCACCCCUCUAUUUUCAUGCCCUCACUCCCCCCCCCCCCCCCUCUGCCUCUCUAUCUCUCGUGCUUCUUUUCGCGUUCUUGUGGACUUUCUUAAACCUCUUAGGUCUCCGCAGGAGAUGUGACGGAUUCUCUGUCUCUGGGUCAAAGUGAUGAAGAAUCUGCAGAAGAAGAAGAGUGUGGAGGAGCUUGAGCUACUGCUUUUCCUCCUCUGACAUAAUCACAGUCACAUUCUCCUUCUGGUCUUGGCUCCUCGCGUUUAUCUCUCCUCCGUCUCGGUUUGGAGAAGAACCCAAAAUCAGCGGCUUUGGGCGCUUUUCUUUCUCUCCAGCUGCUCCCGGUGCGUCAACAAGGAUUUCUGGAACUCCGCGUGGACUUCUUGUGAGAUUCUGCAAUUUAAAUUACACAUGAAGUGAUUUCAAGGAAAGUACAAGGCGCGAGCGCUGAACUGGACUCCUAAACAAGAGGGGAACUGAUUUAAAAAGAGGAGAUUUCUCGAAGAAGAUCGGUCUCGUGCCUCCAAAAACGCUUAGGAGGACUAAAGCUAUUCAUCCGUUUUCCUUCCGGUUAUAAAAUGGAUUGAUCUGUUUUCUCUCCCCUUAUUGAUGGACUGACUAUCAGAGAUUAUCUCCCGAAACUUGGACCUGUGGGGGAUUUGGGAGGAAAGGUGAAGCCUGCACUGCAGCUCGUGCCUCCCCACAAGAGGCAGAAAGUCCGGAUUGAUUUAUUGAUUUAAUUAAUCGUCUGAACCUGCAAAGUUGGAACCCACUGAUAAUCAUGAUGCAGCUAUGAACUUCACGAUCCUUUUUGUGCUUGUUCUUAACUUGAUUCAAUUCAAAUUAGUUUAAAUAAAACCAUAAUUGAAUCAUCUUUGAAGGAAAUUCCAUUUUGUGCGUCAUAAAGACAGUUCUUACCUAAACCGGCUGCAGUUUUAUAGAAUAAAUGAAUAAAAUAUUAUUAUUGUUAUUUGACAUCAGUGAAUGCAAAAACAUUAAUAUUUUUUACAUUUCUGUCGAAAUUACUUUAGCGUGACUGCUUCUCUGGAUUCCUGAUUGGAGACUCCAAGUUAUUUUUGGCUGCGCUAAAGUAGAGCGACUGUUUGUUUCCACACUACUUCUCAGACAGAAACCGACUGUACGGCAGAGGUCUGCCUGCCCGUCCUGGAAGACGGGAGCGGGACAGACAGAAAAGAAGGCGAGGGAGACCGGGAGCAGGAGGAGGAAGAGGAGGAGGACAACGGGAUGCGUAACCGCCGCUAACUGCAGCUCAGUUUUGGAGAAGGGGGAGAAAAAGAGGAAAGACAUUUGUUUUCCUUUCGAAGCCACAGGGCUGUCUGAUGGAGGUCGGAGCUCUCAUGUUUUAGGAGAGGAGGAGGACAGACGAGCUACUUGAUUUACUCCUCUGUCACUCCUGAGCGGAGGAAUCUGUCUCCCCCGCUCAGCUGCGUGUCAGAGGUGGGAUUACUGCAGCGCUUUUCAUCGGGUCAAGGUGCUGUCUUCUGGGAGUCGGGAUCAGUUCCGCCAAGACGCCAGGUGCCACAAACAAAUAGGGACAUGAAGACUUCAUCUUUCCUGUUGCUCCUCCUCCUCGCUGCCUCUGGAGACUGUGAUGACGUCAAGUACAUCUCCAAGAGGAACUCAGUGGACGGAUGCCUAGACUGGUCUGUGGAUCUGAAGGAGUACCACGUUUUGGCGGGUGAGCCUGUCCGGGUCAAAUGUGCCUUGUUCUACAGUUACAUAAGAACCAACUACACCAUGGCCACCAACGCCAAGCUGCGCCUCAUCUGGUACAGGAACAAAGGAGAUGCAGAGGAACCCAUUAUCUUCUCGGGUCACAGGCUGAGUAAAGAGGAUGACUCCAUCUGGUUCAGAUCUGCAGAGAUGGAAGACAGCGGAUACUACACUUGUGUUCUAAGGAACUCGACGUACUGCAUGAAGGUAUCCAUGUCAAUGACGGUGGAGGAGAGCGACGAGGGGAAAUGCUUCAGUAACAAAAUCCGCCAUCUGGAGAAAGCAGAGGUAACCCAUCCCAAAAUGAUCAACUGCCCCGACAUAGAGGACUAUUUGGCGCCAUACAAGCAGCCACAGAUGACCUGGUACAAGGAGUGUGAUCGGGUUGAAUGGAGAAGCUCCAUCACUGUCAACACCACACAUAUUUGGAUUCCUGAGAUAGAAGAGGGCGAUGGGGGAAAUUACACCUGUGAGUUACAGUAUGGAUCCAGAGUUGUGCGACGGACGACGGAGCUGAAAGUUACAGCUCUCCAGACGACUCAGCCUCCAAAGGUUUUAUUUCCUCCAGAGAAACAAGACACCGUGAUAGAAAUCACUCCAGGUAUGCCACUCAGCUUGGACUGCAGGGCCUUUUUCGGCUACAGCGGCGAAAACAGGAGGCCAAUCAUCUACUGGAUGAAAGGAGAGAAGUUUGUGGAGGAACUCGCGGGACACAUCAAAGAAAGUGAAUUUAGGAUCUUGAGGGAACAUUUAGGGGAGAAGGAGGUGCAGCUGUCCCUGACGUUUGAUGCUGUGGAGGAGGCAGAUCUGGCCAACUACACCUGUUAUGUGGAGAACCACAUAGGGAGGCGCAGCGGGAGUGCUAUACUGCAGAAAAAAGAUAUGUAUCGACUGGAGUUGGCGGGUGGGCUCGGGGUUAUCCUGCUGCUGCUGGGAGUCCUGACUGCUCUUUAUAAGUGUUACAACCUGGAGAUCAUGCUCUGCUACAGGAGAAACUUUGGUAGCGAUGAGACAGAAGACGAUAAUAAAGAGUAUGACGCCUAUCUGUCCUACACCAAAGUCGAUCUGGACUCUUUGGGCAGGUCGAGCAGCGACGAGGAGACCUUUGCCCUGGAGAUCCUACCGGACGUUCUGGAGAAACAUUACGGAUACAAACUGUUCAUACCAGACAGAGAUUUAAUACCCAGCAGCACUUACAUCGAGGACUUGGCGCGCAGCGUGGAGCAGAGCAGACGUUUGAUCAUUGUUUUGACUCCAGAGUUUGUUGCCAAAAGGGGGUGGAGCAUCUUCCAGAUAGAGACACGCCUUCACUCUAUGCUGGUUACAGGAGAGAUAAAGGUGAUCAUGAUAGAGUGUGCAGAUCUGAGGAAUGUUAUCAACUACCAAGAAGUGGAAGCACUCAAACACACCAUCAAGGUUUUAUCCAUCGUCAAGUGGAAAGGCCCCAAAAGCAACGAACUUUCCUCCAAGUUCUGGAAACAGGUGGUCUACGAGAUGCCUGCAAAACGUAGAGAGACGUUGUCCAGACGCCAGGUGAUGGACUCGGGCGAACAGGGCCUGUUUGGUGACCUACAGACCACUGUCUCUACUAUUGCCAUGACAACCACAUCUGCCUCAGUAGCGCCUCCCAAUGAGAAUCGACAUGGACAUCAUCAGGUUGCCUUAACAACAGAAAUCCCUGACUACAACCAGAUGACCUUGCCUCUGGGAGGGGGUCACAACGCUACAGCAGCCCAAAUGCGGCAUUUCUGCCGCAGCUAUGAGUUCCAGCUUCCCCCACAGCCCUCGAUGUCACCUCCUCUCCCACCCCUCUCCACAGUGCAGUUCUCCACUUUGGGCCCCGGGGGGCGCCACGUGUACUGCAACAUCCCUAUGACACUGCUGAAUGGACAGGUGGGUCAGAGCAGUACGCUUGGGAAGAAGCCAGACCUGCACCUGAACAGCACCUUCGUACCACUCACCAGCAGAGAACUAAGCUCUGACAUCUGGUAGAUGGACUUCUGACCACACCCCGGUUUACAGACUGCUUUGGGAAGAUUGGUUGUGAAGCUGGUUUUCCUUCAGUUCUUGACUCUGUACAGACUGGUUUUCAGAAAAGACUGCCCACAAACUGCUUUUGGGUCACCUCAAGAUCACCUGUGAACAAAUGGCCUUCUAUCAAGUGGAUAACCCCUGGCUGGAUGCUCACUGGAACACUGACGGAUGAAAAGAACAAUUGCAUUCAGCUUUUGGACUGGUUGGUUCCAAGCAAACACCUUUGACCUUUGGAAAGUAAUGCUACAGUACAAAAUGUGUCAUAAUCAAGCAGGUCUUCAGUCUCCUGAAUGCAAAAGCAGAGUGUUUAGGCAAAUGAGGAACAACAGAAUGUUUGAUUGGUCCUGCAAGCUUAAAAAAGAGACACUGGACCCCCUUUUCUGUUCAUCCUGAAAGCAGGAAAGUUGCACCUCAGAGCACAACAUAUCUCCAGUUUGCUCUCCACCAGCUUGUAUGAAACACAUAGAUUUAUCAGCUGUUUAACUACACAAAAUAUGAGUCAACAUACAAACAAAAUUAUGUAACCCUAAUGUCAGCUCAGCUUUCAUUUACUGAAAGCGACUUUUAAGGACCCACUCCGAUGAAAAUUGUGUUUGUGGUGUUUUUCUUGCAUUUUUUUUCUGAUGGAGGACAGUUAUUAAGAAAAUUAAGCUUUACAUUAAAUUUCUGAAUAUUUCGUUAUUCAAAUCAUUGCAAAUCAAGAGCUGACAAAAAAAUUCAGUAGAAAUAAGGCGGUAGGUGAGAUGUAGAAAAUACGCUAGGCGGGCAACAAGCUCACUGCUCAGCUCUGUAGACAACUAGAUCCAUGUGCGUCUUUGUUUUCCUUGACUGAGCUGGCAUCUGGCUCAAAAUUGUACGACUGGAUGGCUCAGAUACUGCUCACCACUUUUUUUUGCACCGGUAAUGUUAGGUUGGGGGUUUGAGGGGCUGUAAGCUAACGGGAGAAAACACAAACAGCGAGGGAAAAGGGGAAGAGGGGGUGGGAUUGCUCAAAGCCAAUGGUCCUGCCCACAACUCAGAGGUGAAUUCCUAGUGAACUACUGCCGAUAGAAACUUUGUCAAUUAAACAAAUAUAUUUUGGCUGAAAACCACAUAAUCAUAAUUUUGGAGACCAUUGGGGACACUUUGAACAUUUAAUUGGAACGUGGGCCUUUAAAUACUUUGCUGAAAAAUCAGUAAAAAGAUACAAAGUAAUGUGUUGGUCAACAAAGCAAACCACAAGUCCACAACUUCUGGAAGUUCUGCCCCUCGGCUAACAAACUUGUUUUCUAUUUAAAAGUUUGUAUUUUCUGCUGGAUAUCAGGAAAGGUGUAAAGUAUCAGCUAACAUUGCUGAACCAACACACUGAGAAAGCAUCUUUUUUGUGGAAACAGGUUACAUCAGCUCAGUGAGAGAAAUGGUAGUCGCUACAUGAAUUAGGCUGAGUCAGGACUCAUCCCUUCACGCAGCAGUGAGCUGCCAGACGUCGACGUAGGGAAGCAAACUGCCCAACUUUUCCCAACUGACUUCAAACAAAAUGGACUUUACUAUUUGCAUGACCAACCAUUUAGAGAACAAGAAAAAUUAUCAAAUAAACAUAGAUAAUGGAAUAAAUGACACGAUAAUUUGUUGCUACCUCUUUUUAAAGAGGCUGAUAAACAUCUUAUGUUUGUUUUCUGUCUGGCCGCGAUGUGAAAACUGACAAAGGGAAAUGGGAGGUGUCCGACUUGAAUCCUCUUUAGAAUUUAUGUCAUCCUGUUUGAUUUGAGUGUUUUCUCUUUGGGUCAGUGCUACUUUUUACCAGGCUUUGUUUUUGUUUUGUUUUUUUAAUGUCUGUUACAAUAUUAUCUGUACAGCUUCCAUUUCUUAUGUAUAGACCUAAAUGAGACGGUUCUUUCUUCCCUG